GGAAUCGCGCUCCGCCUCCAAUGGAUACCCGGACACUGCGACGAUCCAGGGAACGACGCAGCAGAUCGGUUGGCCAAAGACGCGGCAAGCCCGGGCAAAACACACCCCUUCCGCCCUUUACUGACAAGGAAGAGAGCGCUUAUCCGGGACAAGAUCCGCGCUCAAUGGGAGCGGGAAUGGAAAGCAUCAACCAAUGGCGGUCACUUGCGAAAAAUCGAUAGCACUCUACCGGCGACCUACACCAGGAAGCUGUAUGGGAAUUUGCCCAGGGGCCGGGCGUACCUGUUGACACAGCUACGCACGGGCCACAAUUGGCUAUCCACCUAUGCCAAGACCUUCGGCUUCCGCGACAAUGAU